GAAAUAUUAAUAAUAUACUUUUUAGUGGCAGGUGGCUGGGUGGAGACCGACCCGACAUGGGUGACACCGGACCUAUGGGAGGGGGGUGACGGACUCCGACGGGUUGCCGGGUACGUCUUGGACUCCAACUUCCAGACGACUUGGAGACGUGGAGACGAAGAGGCCACCUGGCAGCUGACGUUUGAUCUGCAGACGUCCCUGACGCUUUCCAGAAUUCGCAUUUGGUACAUUGAAGGAGUCAGCACUGGCAUGCAUAUGGAUGUUAUAGUCAUGGUUAUGACAGGACAGCAAUGGACCACUGUGCCGCACAACACACACAUCAGGAGUGGUGACGAAAAUAUUAAACUGAAAGAGAUCGACCUGACUGGUAUCCUCGCCUCGGGACAGUUUUGGCGUCUGCAGUUCCCAUUGAGUGAAUAUCGUGGAGAAAUCAGCGAGGUCAAUUUUUUCCAGGCGUGCUCCGGAGUUGAGAGGACGGUGUGUACAGACGGUAACUGUGACGUCCAUGAGGUGGUCUGUGACGGCAUAGUGGACUGUGACGACGGGAGCGAUGAAAACAACUGCGAUAAAGAGAUCUGUCCGAGUGGAGUCGCCAUCAACAAGGCAGAGGUGUGUGACGGUACAGACGACUGUGGAGACAAUACAGACGAGCAGAACUGCUGUGAGCGUCAAGGUAGGCUGGCCUGCAGCAAUGGACAUUGUAUAGGUUCACAAAAAAUGUGUGCCAAUACCCACAUACCCUGCUUUGGUGAACCGAAAGGACAAUAUGCUAGAUGUGACGAUGUGGAGGAUUGUUGGGAUGGCAGCGACGAGUCCUGCUCGGUCUCUGCAUGUGACAAUGGAGCCCUGUUCCACCAGCUUUCUCGGUGUGACGGCAGAGACGACUGUGGGGACAACAGUGACGAGCAGAACUGUGUCUGUUACUAUCUUCGGGACAGAGGGACAAGCUACAGGGGCCGUGUAAACCGUGACAACUCCUGUCAGUUCUGGACAUCUCAGUACCCUCACACCCAUAACCACACUCCCCAGGCCUACCCACGGGCAGGGCUGGAGCGGAACUACUGCCGGAACCCGGACGGGAAGGACAGGCCGUGGUGCUACACAAACAACCCGCUCAUCAGGUGGAUGUACUGCGAGGAGGUCUUCGCAUGUGACGCUCCACCGACGCGAUGCUUCUACGCAUUGGAUAAGGGAAGGAGCUACGCAGGACAGACUAACAGGGCAGGAGACCGGGUGUGUCAGAGAUGGGACUCCCAGUCCUCCCACAGCCACCCCCACACACCACAGCGGGUGUGUAAGAGAUGGGACUCCCAGUACCCCCACAGCCACCCCCACACACCACAGGCUCAUCCUGAUGCAGGCCUGGAGGAGAACUUCUGCCGUAACCCUGACAACAAGGAGCGGCCCUGGUGCUACACCAUGGAUGCGUCGAAGAGAUGGGACUUCUGUGACGUCAUGGAAUGUGCUGAUCCCCCAUCACCAGACUCUGCCGACCAGGACUGCCAUGGAGCCUACACCUGUGAAUUUUCGUCCAAACGACUCUGCUACUGUGACAAAGACUGCGGCUUUUUCGGUGACUGCUGCGAAGACUUUCAAGAAGGCAGUAAAUCCCAAACACCGUCUGACCAUCACCAUCUGAAGUGGGACUGUGUUCCUGGCUUUUCUCGUGGCUUCACUAGAGAAAAUGAAAAUAAAGAGUCCUAUUGGAUGGUGGCUGACUGCCCAGGUGAAUGGACAGAUGACGUCACGAGGGAUAAGUGUUUAAGACAAGUGGACCCCUUCAACCCAAGUGAGCUAGUCUACCGAAUGCCUGUAGAGGACACGUCAAACGUCCCCUACAGAAACAUAUUCUGUGCAAUUUGUAACAAUGUUUCUUUGACAGAGACAAUUCUUUGGAUGUCGAAAGUUGAGUGUACAGGGAUGCUUGCCUUGUCUCCACAAAUCCCUAGGGGUUCCCAAGAAUACAACAGCAUCAUUGAAGCCAGUUGGGAAUAUUGCUUUGGAACGAAGACAAUAGUGUUUGUCCCUUUAAACAUAUCACAUGCAAGGCGAUGUGUCCAGGCUAAUAUUUUAGAAGAGAGUUGUGAUAUCUCCUCCUGUAUGUCCUACAGUUACCCAAUAGGCACUGGGUAUAAGAUUUACAAAAAUUUUCACUGUGCUCUUUGUGAAGGGCUUUCUCUUACGGCAGCCGCCAAACUUAAGUGUGCUUCUGCUUUGGAUCCAUUUGUCCGAAAUCAAUGCACUAAUCCUACUGCCUGUCCCUCAAGAUUCUCACUAACUAAUCUGUUCAACUUUAAUUCCUAUGGCAGUGGUGGAAACAGUCCCAAUCAGUGUCCUUCCGACACUUUAUACGAUCCAUUUGCCGACUCAUGCCGGUUAUUCUCGUCUACCCGUAGAACUCACGGCUCGUUAAACAAUACCACCCCCUUACAAAACUGCAGCAAACCCGCUCUGACGUUCACAGCGGAAGAGUUCCGAGUCCUUCCCAAUGGUAGCGUCCACCUGUUGGGUUCUAACGUGUCCUGCCCAGCUGAGCAGGUGGCCAUUCUGAACACAACAGCAUCGAUUUGCGGGGAGUGCAUUCUUCAGUACUUCUCAAACUACACACAGACAGCUAACCCUUGGGACGCUGACCAGGGCUGGUUAACCCUAGGUCUUGUGAUAGUGUCCGCUGUAGCAGUGUUUGGUUUCGUGGUCCACAAUAUCAGGUCUGGUCGGUGGGAGAAAGUCCCAGAAAAGCUGAAGGUUCAGAUGUUGGUAUGUAUGGCGCUCGCUGAAGUCUUGUUUGUGGUACGUGUGCGGGUCCCCCUCGGACCGGCCUGUACAGCGUUCGCGAUACUUCUACACUACUUCCUGUUGACGGCCUUCACAUCCAUGAACGCUCUAGCCAUGGACCUCUUUCUAACGUUUCGUGAUGCUUUAGAAAGGAAGAAGCUGUACCAGUACCUGUUGUACACAUGGCUGAUGCCGAUGCCUAUAGUCGUAGUGACUUUGAUUGUGGAAUUCGGCAGUUCCGUCAGGGUGGGUUACGGAGAGAACUGUUGGAUUGGUGAUCCCAUCAGCAGUCUGGUGGCUUUUGGGGUUCCUGUCCUCAGCGCCCUUCUGGUCAAUGCUGUCUUGAUCACUUUUGUUUUGCUGGCCUUACGGAAGUCAUUUGAGAUAGCCGACAAGGCAAAGUCACGUUCGCACAUCAGUAAGGCUUGGGUUUACUUGCGUAUCUGCUUCCUGACGGGGUUCACCUGGAUUCUCGGCUUCAUCUAUCCUUACGUCAACAGCCGAGCUGUCGAGUACAUCUUCAUUGUGCUGAAUUCUUCUCAGGGCCUUCUGCUUACCUUGAUACUGACAAUAACAUCGAAGGUGGUGCAGAAAUGGAAGGUGGCGAUCAGAGCACGCUUCGGUCUGACUCAACCUAAGCAGAACGCUGGAGUAACCAACACUGCCAACAACAAUCAGACUACCGCAACGGCGUGUAAGACCAGCUCAUCUGCAGACAUACCCAUGACAACUAUAGCUGAUGUGGAGGAGAACAGAAAGCGCACUCAGCUGGAUAGGCCUCAUCAGGGCCGCGGAUGUACCGCCAUAGUUACCAAUCUGACGACCACAGCAUGCGGAACCGACUUUGCUAUAGAAAUGCCCAAGACAACUUUGGCUGAUGUCGAAAACACCGCACGCUCUCAUCUGGACAAGCCUCAACAAGACGGAGCAACCGCCACUGCAAGCACUAAGCUGACUCCCGCAGGGGAAACUGGCGUUAUGGUACCAGCGACCAACGUGACCCCCCUACCAGCGACCAACGUGACCCCCCUACCAGCGACCAACGUGACCCCCCUACCAGCGACCAACGUGACCCAGUGGGGCAAGACAGUUGAAACUGCAAAGCAGAACCUAUCAGUGACUCGGGAAGGUGUGGUACAAAGUCUACUGCAACUGUAA